AUGAAACGAACAGAACGUAGCUGGAUGUAUGAAAGGAAGGUUGGACAUUCUAUUAAUCCGGAUUUUGUGAAAGGGGUAGAUGAAUUCCUUAAAUACGUUGAAGAUCAUCCCGAGAGCAGCAACCCGAAUGAAGUUAGGUGUCCAUGUUUUAAAUGUAAGAACAAGCGGCUAUGGGAUGCGGAAACGGUUAAAAUUCAUUUGUACCGCAAGGGUUUUGUGCCUAAUUACUAUGAGUGGAUGUGUCAUAGGGAAGGGUUUUCGGGAGUUCCUGAAGGGCCGUCAAAUGAAUACCGUGAAAUGGUUUUCGAUGCUUUUGGUCAUAAUGAAGAUCAAGGGCAUUCUGAAGAGGCAGAAGAGGAGCCUAAUGCACAAGCUAAGCAUUUCUUAGAUUUAUUAAAAGCUUCUGAACAACCAUUAUACGAAGGGAGUUCGUUGUCUGUCUUAGAGAUGGCUUCCCGAAUUACUAGUCUUAAGUGCGAGUAUAAUUUGCCCCAUAGAUGUGUUGAUGGGUUUGCUUCUUUGGUCAAUGAGGCUAUUCCUAACAACAACCAUAUGGCCGAUACAUUCUAUGAGGUGAAGAAGAUUGUAAAGGGGCUGGAGUUGCCUCAUGAAAAGAUUCAUGCAUGCCCGAAAGGAUGUAUGCUAUUUUGGAAGGAUGAUGUUCAGCUAUCUUCAUGUCGGGUGUGUGGUAGCGACCGAUACAAGAAGACUUCCAAAGGUAGCUUAGUGCCUUUGAAUGUUUUAAUUUACUUUCCAAUCACACCGAGAUUGCAAAGGCUCUAUGCAACCAAGAACAUUUCGGAGGAAAUGACAUGGCAUUCAAAAAAUCCUCGAGUUCAAGGCACAAUGGCGCACCCUAGUGAUAGUGAAGCUUGGAAACACCUUGACAAUUGCUUCCCAGAAUUUUCCAAUGAGCCUCGUAAUGUUCGACUUGGCUUGUGUACAGAUGGUUUUGCUCCUCAUGGUAAGUUUGGGGGACAAUAUUCUUGUUGGCCUGUCAUAUUGACCCCUUAUAACUUGCCUCCCUCAAUGUGUAUGAAAAGACAAUUCAUGUUUCUUUCAUUGCUUGUUCCUGGUCCUAAGAACCCUAAGGGCAAUUUGGAUGUGUAUAUGCAACCGCUGGUAGAAGAGUUGAAGCAUUUAUGGGAAGUUGGCGCAAAUACUUAUGACAUUUCAAGGAAACAAAAUUUUAAUCUUCGAGCAGCCAUCCUGUGGACCAUUAGUGACUUCCCAGCUUACGGUAUGUUGUCUGGUUGGACCACAGCGGGUAAGAAGGCUUGUCCUUAUUUUAUGGAUAAAAGCAAAGCAUUUUGGCUUGAACAUUGUGGCAAAGUUUCUUGGUUUGAUUGCCAUCGCCAAUUCCUUCCAACACAACACCCUUUUCGAAAAAGCAAAACUGCAUUUUGUAAAAACAAAGUCGAAAAAGGUUCACCGCCACACAUCAUGUCAGGUGAGGAAUUGUGGGAAUGUGUGAGACACCUUCCAAAGGCAACUGAUGGAGCGGAGGCAUUGAAACACCUAAAAAAAGCAAAAAAGGGGUGGUUCAAGCAAAGCUCGUUGUGGGAACUUCCUUAUUGGAAGCAUUUUCUCAUCCGUCACAACUUGGAUGUCAUGCACAUUGAAAAGAACUUCUUUGAUCAGCUAAUCCACACCAUAAUGGAUGUGAAAAAGCAUACAUGUGACACGCCAUCGGCUCGAAAUGACAUUGCCAAAUAUUGUAAACGGCCACAACUUCAUAUGGAUGAAGAUGAUAGAGGAAAAGAGUUUAUGCCAAAAGCCCCAUUCGCUCUUGACAAGGCUCAAAGAAAAGUGUUGUGUGAAUGGGUUAAACAGUUGCAUUUACCAGAUGGAUAUGCCUCCAAUUUGAGCAGAUGCGUAGAUUUACAAGCCUGUAAGCUUCAUGGAAUGAAAAGCCAUGAAUGUCACGUGUUCAUGGAGAGGUUGUUGCCCACUACUUUGAGGGAAUUGCUCCCUACCCAUAUUUGGAAUGCGGUUACAGAGAUCAGUCAAUUCUUCCGUGAUUUGUGUUGUUACACGAUCACAGUUAGUGACAUGGAGCGAUUAGAGAAAAACAUAGCUGAAAUCCUUUGCAAGCUUGAGAAGGUUUUCCCUCCUGUAUUCUUCAACUCUAUGGAGAAUUUACCUAUUCAUUUGCCAUAUGAGGGCAAGUUAUGUGGUCCUGUUCAAUAUAGAUGGAUGUAUCCCAUUGAAAGGUUCCUUAAUCACUUGAAACGUAAAAUUGGGAACAAGGAACGAGUUGAAUACGUGGAAUCCACAUUGGAGAACACUGACUUACCAGAGUUGUUCUCAGAGGAUAGCGGUCGUGUCUCAUCUGAGGGUAAAACCCGGUACUUAGAUGAAAAGGAACUCGAGUGUGCUCAUUUGUUCGUUUUACGAAACUGCGACAUUCUUGGUGAAUACGAAAGAGAGGAAGUCAUGGAGAAAUGUGACGUCGAAUUCUCUAAUUGGUUUCACCAUAAGGUGGUUGAAGAGAAACCAAAUUCGGAUGUCCUCCAAGCUUUGUGCAUGCGUCCUUUCAAGCGUGUUCGAACUUGGAAGCGGAUUUUUGUUGGUGGAUUUAAUUUCCAUACACAUUCCUAUGGUAAACACAAGUCUACGAUGAAUUACGGUGUUUUUGUGUCUAGUGAGGACGGUGGAGAGUACUUUGGCAUUCUAGACGAUAUAAUUGAACUUGUCUACACUGGUCCAAUUAAAGAGUAUAAGACUAUACUCUUUAAGUGUAGUUGGAUGGAUUGUGGUAGGGGUAUGAACAUACAUGAACAGUAUAAGGUUGUUGAAGUGAAUCAUACUAAGAAAUACCCCAAGUAUGAUCCCUUCGUAUUAUCUUAUCAAGUGACCCAAGUGUACUACACAUCCUACCCUAGCCUAAAACGGGAUCGAGUUCAAUGGUGGUCCGUGUUUAAAACACAAGCAAGGUCAGUGGUUGAUGCUCCAGUAGACCUUGAGUUUUUGCAGGCACCGUCCCCAGAAGUAUAUGCAACGCUUUGUCCACCGAAUGACAUUCCUGACUACGACCCAGUUGAGGAUGACGACGAAGAUGAUGACGACGACUUAAUAAUCUCAAGUGAAUCAGAUGAUGAAUCCAGCGUCGACUCUAGUGACAAUGACGAGGAUACUGAAAUCGAUGUGUUUAUAGAUGAUAGUAGUGAUAAUACUAGUAGUGAUAGUAGCGAUGAAAGCCACGAGUAG